AUGUCCUCAGAAACCACCCCAAUAAACCCCUCCCGUUUCGCCGCCGCAUUAAAAGACCUCCCCCUCGAAACGCUGCACUUCAAAGGCGCCGAAAUCCGCAACAGCAUCGCACACCUCGACUACUCCAACGAACAACUCCAACCCUUCGCCUCCGGCACAGAAGCGUCCUGCAACGGGGUCCCCGACCAGGAUUGUAUCGAUGCGAUCAAGGAGAACGAGAUUGUCAUCGCGCGCAUGCAGGAGCGGAUACAACUACUGAAAGCCGAGGUUGAGGGUAGGGGAAGUAGUUGGUUGGAGUUUAGUACCGUGGAGGAGUUGGCGGCGGAAGGGAACAAGGAGGGGGAGGAGAGAUUGGUUAAUGGGACGGGUGAGGAGCAUGGGGAGAGGGAGGGGGGAGAGGGAGGAGAGAGGAAUCCGUGGACUGAUGGGACUUUUCAGACGGGGAGGAUUGUAAAUGGAGAGGUGCAGGUUGAUGGGAAUCAAUCGAGCAAUGGGACGACGAAUGGGACGGGCACGGGUACGGGUGGAAGAUUGGAUGAUGAGGCACUGAGGAGAGCAAUGGAGGAAAGAAUGAGGGCGCUGGCUACGGACGAUGAAGAGGGUAUGCAUUUGUGA